AUGGAGUAUCCCAAGUACUUGGCAUUGUACUAUUACUUGCAGAAGAGGACGUACCCGAGAAAUGCCAACGAGACGGUCAAGAGAAGACUAAGGGAUCAAGCAAGAAGAUUCGAGGUGUAUGCUGGACGCGUGUAUUACAAGGCUGAUAAUGAAGAAGAACUGGGCUAUGAAUUGUUGCAUGAAGGAAACGUUGAUGAAGUGAUUCGACAAGUGCAUGAAGAAGGACACUUUGGGAUUGGUAACACGUAUCGACGUGUGCGAGUACAAUAUAACGCGCCAAACCUAAAGCAAAGAGUCAAGGAAUUAGUACAAGGCUGUCACGUAUGCCAAAUCCGCAAGAGGAUACCUCGUAAAAGAAAUCACGUCGCCAAGCCUAUACCUAUCCAUGCUACACCCUUUUACAUGAUAGGUUGUGAUGCUGUUGGGCCGACUCAGAACGUAACCAAAAGCGGGAAUCGGUAUCUUCUUGUGGCAGUGGACUACUUGACAAAAUGGCCGAUGGCUCGAGCAGUUGCUAGGAUCGAUGAAGAAACGACUGCAAAGUUUAUGUUUGAGGAAAUUGUCGAGAAGUAUGGAGUACCCAAUUACCUAUUAACGGACCGAGGCUCCAACUUCAAGUCGCAAAUGGUGGUAAACUUCCUUAAGGGCCUAGGCUGCAGACAUCUCACGACGACUGCUUAUCGUCCCCAAACUAAUGGUUGUUGCGAAAGGUUGAACCAAACCUUGGUGAAUACAAUAGCAAAGUUGGCAUUGGACGAGGACAAGAUGGGCGAAUGGGACGAAUUUGUAACGCCAGCACUCAUGGCAAUAAGAACAAUGCCCAACGAAAGUACCGGAUACACGCCUGCCAAGUUGUUGUAUGGAAAAGAAAUGAGGACACCAGCAAACUGGCCAAUGCCAAGACAAGACUUCGUGUUGGGUGAAGAGACUGAAGCAGUAGUUGAAAGAGUUGUUGCAAUCAACGAUUUGUUGGUGCAAUUACGAGACGAUGCGAGGAACAAAGCAAUGAGGGAGAAGGAGCGACAAAAGCAGUUGUAUGAUAAAACGGUACAUAUUCGGAGACGAUUCGCAAUCGGGGAAAAGGUGUUGAUGCGAGAUCCUACCCCACAAUCAAAGUUUCAUGCUCGAUGGCUUGGGCCAAUGGUAGUCACACGCUCAACUCCGCAUGGGGUCUACGAAUUGGCAGGUCCUAAUCGAACUAAGCUGAAAGGCGCGGUUAAUGGAGACCACCUCAUUCCAUACAUACAACACAAGAAGAUGGUACCGGAUAUACAAGUGAGGCGAGCAGAACAACAAUUCCAGGCUUGGAUCGAGAGGAUACAAGAUGAAUAA